GACUGUUCGUGUGACGUGACGUGAUGGCCAAGCCUCACACCUGCAACCCAACGCAACUCUACUCUAGCUAUCUAUCGCACUGCUCGCCUGCUCGCCGCCGCCGCAAGUUCUGUUCCGUUUGUUUGUUCAUCCUCACCACCAGCGGUAUCGACAACCAGCGGCAUCGACCACCUACCACACCUACCUCGUCCAAAACUCGUCGGACCACGCACCCGCCGCCGCUUAAGCUUCCCCCUCCAACCCAUUCCGCAAACCCCGAGCAGCAUGCGCCUCCCGCGCCCCCACCACCUCUUCCUUCUGCUCCCCGCCGCAGCAGCCGUAUCCGCCACGUCCUGGGGCUGCCAAACGGUACAGUCGGGGCUCACAUAUGACUUCAAAUCGCUGGGCGGCGCGCACUCCGUCGUCUCGUCGAUAUCGACACCGCCGACCAUACAGAACACGACGUGGAGCAUCGAUCCCUGCGCUCCGCUGCAAAAGAAUAAGGAUACCGACGCGAAGGAACAGUGUCCUGACGGGACUUACGUGUGUGGCCUGGUCCGCCACAUCGACACGGCGGGCAAGUCGUUUCUUGCGGAGGUGAUCCCGGUAGCGGGGGACAUCGACGGGCACGCGGUUGACGAGCAAGUGCUGCUGCUAAACGCGACAGAGGCGGGCGGGAAGCCGCGCGGCGUGCGCGUCGAGUUCAACGGCGGGAAUAAUUUUGCGGGGCAUGAGCAGCGGGCCGUCGUCGAUUUCGUGUGCGACAAGGACGUUACCGGGGAAGCGGAUGAGGCGAUUACGUUCGUGAGCUAUGAGUGGAGCGAGAGCGCAAAGAAACAGGUGCUGAGGCUCGAGUGGAAAACGAAGAUGGCGUGUGUGGAGAAUGCGAAGGGCGGUGGGAAGGGUGAAGAGAAGAAGAGUGCUCAUUGGGGGUUCUUUACUUGGUUGUUUAUCAUUGUAUUCCUGGGCGCAGCAGCGUACCUGAUCUGCGUGGUAUGGUUAGGAUGGGAUCUCCGUCCGCACCGCGACAUGAUCGGCGAAAUGUCGUACCUCGUCAAAGACUUUUUCGGCAGGGUGGGAAGCACGCUUCAAGGCCGGAGCUCGAGAGGUGGAUAUAGCGCUGUAUGAAAUGAUGAUGAUUCCGAUUACUCUUUUUCUAGUGGGCGGUUAGAUUUCAAUUUCGAUUCAGGUUUCUGGCUCUGGCUCUGGUUCUCUGGUUUACGUUACGGUACGGUAUGGGAUGCACUAAGGCUAGGACAUCUCAUUCGGUUUUAUGCGUUGAGUUGUAUUGUUGUUGAUGGCGGGGCUUCAAGUGCCCACUCUGUUUCUGUGUUCUGCUCUGCUCUGCUCUGCUCUGCUCUGCUCUGCUCUGCUCUGCUCUGCUCU